AUGACGCCUUCUCUUUGGACCGAUUUAUGCAGCCCACCCACACUUACAGCCUCUUCUGAAAAGUAUGCACAGCUUGUCCACAAUUCAACGACACAACUCCAUCAAGGUGUUCAAUCCAUCUUGUCAGCUUUGGAUCAGCGAGCUACCGGAUUGACAAAGUGCGUCAACUUUGAUGCCGCCCUUCACGAUGCCAAGCUCAUGCAACAGCUGUCGCCCUCUUCAGCACUUGGAUAUAUACGCGAAGCCAGCAUUUACAGUGAACAAGGAAAGCAGCGUCAAGUGAUCGAUAUUUGCAACAAAGGACUCCAUAUGGCUGAUACAAAGGAUUCAGACUACGCUACACUGCAACAAGCCAAAAUGGAUGCAGAACACCAUGAGAACACACGCAUUGAUUUUGUGAGAGACCUACCACCCGAGAUUGCAUUCACAACGCUCAUUCCGAUGUUGCUGGAUGAUCCUGAUAUCAGUGUAAAGGAAGACAACACCUACUUCCAUGUAUCCACUAUAUGGCGAGAUUAUAUUAUUCGAUCCACAGAUGAUUUAUAUGUCGGACCUGGAGCCGAGGAAGACCCCGAUGGAACACAAGUCAUUCAACAAGCUGAUCACAUCAAGACAUUGGAAUUUGCAAGUGAUGUCCGAGGAACAUGGCUUUGUGAUCUACUGCGCAAUAAUAACUUUUCCUCGUUACGGCAGCUAGGGAUUGGGGGUUUGCCAGCCGAUUGCGUUGACGAUUUGGUUUCAUCAUUGAAGUUACUCAGCAACACGUUGACACAUCUUCAGGUCCACCAGGAAAAUGGCCACGUUGUACUACCAAUCGGCGACAUUCUCGACAACUGCCCGAAUCUGGUUUCUCUCGACAUCAGCCUGCCAUUUCAGCCCUUUCCUCCCAAUUUCAGCUCUCUUCCCACGACAACAUGGCCAAAGUUAACGACAUUAUGCUUCUCCAAUUCAGAAGAGGCUGUUACAUGUGAAGAGGUGAUAGCGAUUGGCAAGCGUUUUCCAUCACUCAAGACACUUUAUCUUUGUCCAUGCGAGGACCCACAGUUGACACGAGUUGUUUUGGACUACUACCCCUGGAUGAAAAGUGUUAUAGUUGAGAACGAUGAUCCAAAUUAUGGUAUCACCUACAUGGAUGAAGGACCUCAAGGUGACGAUGUUGGGAUUACGGAUAUUUCUCUGGAGUCGAAUUUUUGGAAUCGUGAUCCUUGGAGGAAUGCUAUACCUAUAUUAAGGCAGCAUCAUAAAACGCUCGAAUGUAUCAAUUUUGAUGUGGAUGUUCCCAAUGAACCCGAAGAGAUUUACAACAUUGAGUACGAUCGAUUGAAGAAUCUUUGUCUGCUUCGCUCUGGAUGGUGGAUACCACGCAACGCACCUAUGCUUGAAGAAUUGAAGAUAACGUCGCGUACAAUUAGAGCCAACCCUUCUGUGCUUGAUUCAGUACCGCCCAGGCUAAAGAGGCUGGAACUGAAGUUGGAUCAUGGAUCGCGCCUUGUUGACAUCAAAUCACCUGUUUCAACCUAUCUCAAUCGAUUUACCCAGCACUCGCAACUAAAGGAACUCGAUAUUCAUUUCCACUACAUGGUCAUUAUCGGCAAUGUACUCGAGGCGAUCCAUCAUCUUGGCCAGCUUGAGAGUUUGAAGAUGACAUUUACAAAAAAGUGGGAUCCUUGCGAUUGGUAUCAUGAUGGAAUGGAAAGAUUUAUUGAGCGGCUUGUGAAAGGAUGUCCUCGUUUGUCUAAUCUCGUAAUCAAUUGCAUGAACGCGCCAUCCAUCCAUUCAAUCAAUGCUUUGAAACGACUUGAACAUUUGGAGGAAUUUGCAUUUUCAAUCACCAACACUCUUCACCAUGACGACUUUUGGCAUGCGCUUGAAACGUUUAAACAGCUCAAAUGUAUACGUCUCUAUCGUUCGAAAGUGGCCAAUAUGGAUGACAUACGGCGUCUCCAAGGACAACGGCCUGACUUGAAGAUCGUCGUCGUUGAAUGUUCACUCUCCUUUGAAGAUUUCGAGUAA